GAAGAAGACGAAGAACAAGGUCAUGACUGUGGAAAGCACAAGUAAGAGAACGCGAAAAAUCUGCAAGAAGACGAGUGCUGUGCCGACCAGCGUCGUCCUUAUUCUCUUUCUCAGCGGUGGAGGGUACGCCGAGGAACUUGGCCCUUUCAUCCGGAACUACGAGUUGCUGUCAUAUGAAACCCAGCAACCGAGCAACGACAGCGUCCGAAGGUUCAAGCGUGCUGCAGACGAGUGGUCCGGCGCUGCGCGUGUUCGUUUCAAGGCCCUUGGAAGAGAGUUUCGCCUCCUACUGCACCCGGAUCUAUCCUCGUUUUCCGACGACUUUGUCAUGACCACGGCGACAGGCGCCGUGGACGUCGACCUUUCGCACAUCGUCUCCGGUCACGUGGAAGGCGAUCCGGGCAGUAGAGUGCUUGGUUCUGUCGUCGACGGCGUAUUCCAUGGACGCAUCAGCAUAGGGAACGGGAGCGUCUUCUACGCCGAGCCGGCAUGGAUGUACCCACUGCUUCAGAACAAGGGACACACCGUAUUCUACUCUGCCAAAGACGUACGCUGGCCGUCACAGCUCGGACCGCAUGGUGGAUGUGGCCUUGACAAGCUGCAAGCGUAUCCGCACAAGCAGAACGCCACACUGGGAGCUCGCAGCGGUUCCCCGCACUUCGAGCAACCUCCGCUGAAGACACUGGCUUAUCCAUGGCGCCGCCCCUUUCAACAUGGCAGGAAGCGGCGCGUUCGGCGUUCGCCCGACUACGCCGAUCCGCCGCCUGGCGGUAGGCGCAAGCCAGAAUCGCGCUCUGGCCGUCGCACAAGUUCACGCAAGGACCCCACUCGGCGUGUGUGCCACAUGCAGAUCGUCGUGGAUCACAUGCUAUACGACUUCUUCGCCAAAGAUACGGACGACAAGGUGGCCCACGAGCGCAUCACUUCUAUGGUUGGCACGCACAUGGCGUCCGCGAAUAUCAUCUACUCCGCCACCGACUUCCAAGGCAUCGUCGGCAUGCGAUUUGUGAUACAAGACCUCAGGGUCAACGACACCAGCGCCUGCGAAGGUGGGGAAGCGGCGAACAACCCGUUCUGCCGCAAUGAUUUGGACGCCAACCUUAUGCUCCAGCUGUUCGCUUUGGAGGAGCGCAACGACUUUUGCCUUUCGUACGCCUGGACCAACCGCGACUUGGGCGAAGGAACUCUGGGACUGGCAUAUCUGGCCUACGCUAGUGACAAGCUCGGAGGUGCGUGCGAGAAAUUCCGGUCAGUGAACACUCGGGAGGGCAUCCAGCGCAUGGCGCUAAACACGGGCGUCAUAACGUUGUACCUGCACGGCGGACCGGUUGCCCUGGCUGUCAGUGAAGUCACAGUGGCCCACGAGAUUGGCCACAGCUUAGGAGCCUUGCAUGACGAGACACCCGAGUGUGCCCCAGGUGGCUCCUAUGGCAACUACAUCAUGUUCGCCCGGGCGACGACGGGUCUUCAGCCGUUCAACCGGAAAUUUUCCCCCUGCAGCUUACGCAGCAUUAGCGCCGUCCUCUACGCCAUCAUCAACGGCCUCUACGAUAAGGAGAACUGCUUUCUGUCUCACCAGGAGUCCUUCUGCGGCAACAACGUGCGCGAGGAAAACGAAGACUGUGACUGUGGGUACCACGAGAGAAACUGCCGCGACCUGUGCUGCUACGCGCGCAAGAAUUCGCAGCGUGCUGCCGGCUGCACGCUGCGUCCCAACGCACAGUGCAGCCCGUCUGCUGGAAGCUGCUGCAGCACAGACUGCCACUACGUCAGGGCAAAUCAGCGCUGCUCAGCGGAGAAUGAAUGCAACCAUGCUUCCUUCUGCAGCGGCGUGGCAGCGCAGUGCCCCGAGCCCCGGCACAAGGCCAACCUGUCCGAGUGCAAUAAUGGCACACAGGUGUGCCAGGCAGGCCGCUGCGAGGGCUCCAUCUGCCAGAAGUACGGCUUCGAGGACUGCCAACGCAGCAGCACUGGAUUGCCGCACAGCCCCGCGGACAUGUGCCUCGUGGACUGCAAGCACGGUGGCACUGACGGGCAUUGCGUGGACACCUGCAAGGAGCCCGCGCUGGCGUCUCUCUGCGGCCUAAGACGCCAGCGCGGAGCUGCGUGCAACCAAAACCGCGGAUACUGCGACGUGUUUCACCGCUGCCGCAUCGUCGACGAAGGAGGGCCGCUGGCCCGCCUCGAACAGUUGCUCGUGCCCAAUAAGUUGCGCGAGUGGUUCAAGCGUUACACGUGGCUGGUCGCGCUACUUGGGGUGCUCUUCCUGAGCGGCGUGCUCCUGUUCAUUCGUUGCUGCGCCGUGCUGACGCCCACGAACAACCCGGGGCUCCCGAAGGCCAAGACGUUGAGGGAGAGUGUGCGACGACCGAUGGACAUCUUCACGGCUGCUCCUACAUAACCGAGCAACAUCUCAGCGUCUUUCUCUCAAGCGGAUGCGUCCAAAUAAUCUCAAAUGCACGAUUCAUAAGGACGAAAAAUGUGUUUUUUCUAAAAAACGAAUUUUAGUAACGACCACUUCCGGCUUUCGACAAGAAGCUGUUUAAAUAUGAAGCGUUUACAAUAAUGACAAUAAAGAAAUCUCCUCA